ACAUCUGUGGUGAUUACGACGACCGAAGACUGCAAGCCCCGCGUAAGAGACUUUCGAGCGCAGACAAAGGCCCACAAUUAAGUUCAAACGCGUUCCAUCUCUCUCUCUCUCUCUCUCUCUCUCUCUCUCUCUCUAUAUCAUUUUCUCAAACACAUCUAGUCUAUUACUUGUAAAUUGACAGUCUUGGAUAAUCUUGUUCUGUUAUUUUCUUACAUACAGUGAGAAUCAGUCUGUGUUGUUAGAACAACCUGAUAGAACCCAUCAAUAUCUCUGGUUUUUUUUCGAUACAGGAAGGAAGGAGGAGAGAUUAUCGAGCAAGUAUAGACAAAUUAUCUGCCAUGGAGAAGAAGGUUUGGUCGGUGUUACUUAUCUUGGUUCUGUCUCUGACGUUUUGGGAUCGCUCUCUAGCAGGCAAUUGGUGGCAGAACAAAAAGCCAUCAACAUCGUCGUCUGGCAAGAAUGGUGGGGGCUCUUCCCUUGUUUUCCGUGUUGAAGGAAAUGUAUAUCCUGAUGGAUUGUACUAUGUGACCUUCAACAUUGGGAACCCACCCAAGUCUUAUUACCUCGAUUUAGACACAGGUAGUGACCUCACAUGGCUCCAAUGCGAUGCCCCCUGUCAACACUGCGACAAGGUGCCUCACCCUCUUUACAAACCCAACAUGAGGGACUUGGUAUUAUGCAAAGAACAAAUCUGUGCCUCGCUUGAUUCCAAAAACUGCAACAACCCAAAUGAGCAAUGCGACUACAACACGGUGUACGCUGAUCGGGGUUCCUCCCUUGGUGUCCUCAUCAAGGAUGUCUUCCCACUCAGAUUGACCAAUGGAUCAAUUCAUACACCCCGUUUGGCCUUUGGAUGUGGUUAUGAUCAGCAAGGUGUGUGUACGGGAUCUGUGUGUCCCACAGAUGGAGUACUGGGCCUUGGUAAUGGCGGAGGCAGCAUCCUAUCUCAGCUCAAAAGCCAGGGAUUAACAAAGAAUGUGAUCGGCCACUGUUUGAGUGGGCAGAGUGGAGGGUACCUUUUCUUUGGUGAUGAUGUUGUGCCUUCAUCUGGGGUUGUUUGGACACCAAUGUCACUAAAUACUUUAGACAGCAAACACUACUCCCCUGGUCCUGCUGAACUCAGUUAUGGAGGGAAACGUACUGGUGUUAGUGGUCUUCGAACAAUUUUUGAUAGUGGGAGCUCCUACACCUACUUCAAUUCCAUGGCUUACCAAGCUUUAAUAUCCGCGGUGAAGAAAGAUUUGGUUGGAAAACCACUUAGAGAAGCAGCUGAUGACAGUACAUUACCUCUGUGCUGGAGAAGAGCAAAACAAUUUAAAUCUGUAGGAGAGGCCAAGACAUACUUCAGCUCUGUAGUACUUAGCUUUGGUGGUGGCAGGAAAACUCAGUUUGAAAUUACCCCUGAAUCUUAUCUGAUUAUCUCUACAGAUGGCAAUGUUUGUUUGGGAAUUCUGAAUGGCACCGAAGUUGGACUUGAUACUAUCAACCUCAUUGGAGAUACUUCCAUGCGGAACAAAAUGGUGAUUUAUGACAAUGAGAAGCAGCAAAUUGGAUGGAUCCCUGCAGAUUGCAACAGGCAUCCCAAAGUGGAUCUUGAUGCUGAUGAAGGUUUCUUUCAGCCCUAUCCAGCAACAUAAGAUCUGCAGGAAGACCAAUAAGUUGGAUUGCAACAAAAUCUCGGACCCCUUGACAAAUAUUAAGGAAUAGACAAUGUAUAUAUACAUAUAUUACAAUUCAUAGGGGUUCAGAGAUUUCUUUACAAUGUAAAAAUUGUCUAUGGGAACAGUUUCCCAUCUCAGAAAUUAAUAGAGAUGUUUGUUACAAAA